AUGGCAUUUGAGAUGGCUCCUGCUGAUCCAACUGUAGACUUAAAUAUGCAGCUUACAAAGCUGGCGCAUGGUAUGCUGUCUGGCAAAUACUCGUUUCCAUCACUGGAGAAUGCUGAUAAAGCGGAUGCUGCUACCCCAACAAGCAAUGAAGGUAUACCCCCUCGUAUGUUCAAAGCAGUUAUUGCUGCCAGCCACCCUGAGUUUUCUUCUAUGAGGCAACAGGAUGCGUUGGAAUUCUUCCUGCACUUUCUUGACCAAGUUGAACGUGUUAAUGGUGGGAAACCUGCAUUGGAUCCUUCAAGAAGUUUCAAGUUUGGAAUUGAAGAACAAGAACUAGAAGCCUUCUGCAAGUUGAAAGCUGAAAAGAUUUCUGAAGGAAAGGAUGUGUCCAGUGAUGAAAUUGUACGUCCAAGGGUUCCCCUAGACGCAUGCCUAGCUAGUUUUUCAGCUCCGGAGGAGAUACAAGAUUAUUAUAGCACUGCCUUGAACGCUAAGACAACAGCACUGAAGACUGCAGGUCUAACUUCAUUCCCUGAUUAUUUGGUGUUGCACAUGCGAAAAUUUGUUUUGGAGGAAGGCUGGGUGCCAAAAAAGCUUGAUGUCUACAUAGAUGUUCCUGAUAUCAUAGACAUUAGCUACAUGCGAAGCAAAGGCCUUCAACCAGGGGAGGAGUUGUUACCAGAUGGUGUCCCUGCAUCAGAGGUGGAAUCAAAUAUGCCCGUAGCCAAUGAGGAUAUUGUUUCCCAGCUUGUCUCUAUGGGGUUCAACUAUCUUCAUUGCCAGAAAGCUGCUAUCAAUACCUCAAAUGUUGGAGUAGAAGAGGCUAUGAAUUGGUUACUUUCUCACAUGGAUGACGCAGAUAUAGAUGCUCCUCUUUCCCAGGGGGCACGUGGUAAUGAAGUUGUUGAUCAAUCGAAAGUUGAUACUUUACUCUCAUUUGGUUUUCAAGAAGAAGUUGCUCGGAAGGCUUUGAAGGCUUCGGGUGGUGACAUUGAAAAGGCUACUGAUUGGAUAUUCAACAAUCCUGAUGCUUCUACUACAUCUGACAUGGACACUUCCACUUCAAGCUCUAAACCUACUCCAGAUGACACUGAACUGCCUGAUGGCGGAGGGAGAUACAAGCUUUUUGGGAUAGUGAGUCACAUGGGAACCUCCACCCACUGUGGACACUACGUUGCUCACAUACUGAAAGAUGGAAGAUGGGCAAUCUUCAACGACAGCAAGGUUGCAGUCUCCAUCAACCUCCCCAAGGAGAUGGGGUAUUUGUACUUCUUUGAGAGGCUUGACAGCUGA